UUGAACGACUUCCUUCUCUGUCAAGGGCACCGAAAAUUGCAUUAACCCGAGCAGAGGCUGGCUGCACGUGUAACUGUUAAACAGCCUAAUAAAGUGUUUGUCUUUAAUCAGACAUCAGUAGAAAUGGACGGCUUCGGCUCAGACUUCUCAGCAGGAGGUUCCGGCGGUAAAAUAGACACCGGAACCAUCAUGGAGCAGGUUAAGGUCCAGAUAGCAGUGGCUAACGCUCAGGAGCUUUUGCAGAGAAUGACUGAUAAAUGCUUCAAGAAGUGCAUAGGAAAGCCUGGUAGCUCAUUGGACAACUCUGAACAGAAAUGCAUCGCCAUGUGUAUGGACAGAUAUAUGGACGCCUGGAACACUGUCUCCCGAACGUACAACUCCAGGUUGCAGAGAGAACGAGCUCGCAUGUGAAGUUGGGCGGGGAAACAAACUCUCUACCUUCUUCACUUAUUUCGGGUGGCUGCUGCUUUAAAUGAGGACCAGCAUAAUCCAGCACUGGAGGUCCCCCGUUGGGGAAAACGUCAGCAGCGCAACAUACCCCUCUGUCAUAAUCAUUGGCAGGGGUGGCACCUGGACUCCUAUCCACAACGAUCAUUGUGGACAUUUUUACUCCUGAGGAAAAGGUCGCCUAUUCAGUUGAAACGUUCCCAUGUAAUAAAUGUAGUAACUCGCAGUGCAAAGUGUGAUGUUUAACUGUUAAACAAUCUGACUCAACAAAAAAUGCUUUACAUGCUAACAAGGGUGCGUGGGAGGAAAAAUGGAAGAAAUCAAAGCCCUGUAUGUGGAGUUCUCCAUCAGCUCUCUAUCUUCACUGUAAAAUAAAGAAAAACUCUCCUAGAACUAAAGUA